AUGGCUAAAACCCAAACCAUAGCCUGGGUUAACCAUCUCUUGUUGUUCUCUCUCAUUGCCUUGACCCUAGUCUUCAUCUCUUACUUCACCAUUCAUCAUAACUCUGCUUCCCUCGCCAAGUACCUUACCGAGACUACUGCUGCUGGUGUUACAUUCCAACAACAAUACGCCGCAAGCAAUGUGGCUGGAGGAAAUACUUGCUCAGGACGUUACAUCUAUGUUCAUCAUCUGCCUACCCGUUUCAACGACGAUGUGUUCAACAGCUGUCGCGAUAGUUCGCUGCUCAAGAACCCUGAUAUGUGCCCAAACCUCUCCAACUUGGGAUUUGGAGCUCAGGUCAAUAUUAAGAACCCAUCUGGUGACCAGGGCUUGAUCACGGAGAGAUUGGCGAGCAGCUGGUACGCUACCAAUCACUUCAGUCUCGAAGUCAUCUUCCGUCACAGGUUGAUGAAGAGCUAUGAUUGCUUGACCAAUGAUUCAUCCUUGGCCUCCUUGAUCUACGUGCCAUUCUAUCCCGGUUUCGACAUUGUUAGACAUCUCUGGGGGAAUUACAAUACAACUGUGAGAGAUGCUCUAGGUUUUGAGUUGGUGAGCUGGCUGAAAAACCAGCCCAAUUGGAAGACAUCAGGUUUAUGGGGAAGGGACCAUUUCUUUGUUUCAGGCAGAAUUGCUUGGGAUCUUCGAAGACCAGAUGACGAUGAUUCACAUUGGGGAAGCAAGCUGAUGCAACUUCCUGAAGCAAUGAACAUGACAAUGCUUUCGAUUGAGACAACUUCAUGGAGCAACGAGUUGGGGAUUCCAUACCCGACAUACUUCCAUCCUCGUCGGGUAAAAGAAGUGCAUCGAUGGCAGAAGAGAAUGACAAGACAAAAGAGGCCAUACCUAUUCUCCUUCGUGGGUGGGCCGCGAGCUAACAUGACAGACUCCAUCCGUGGGGAGCUCAUAAACCAGUGUCUAGCUUCAAGGAGGAAUUGCAAGCUGCUGAACUGUCAUUCAGCCAAUUGUACGAGUCCAAUUGAGGUGUUGAAAGUGUUUCGGAACUCGGUCUUUUGCCUGCAGCCUGCUGGUGAUUCAUACACCAGGAGGUCAACUUUCGAUUCCAUCUUGGCCGGGUGUAUUCCUGUAUUCUUCCAUCCCUUUUCGGCUUAUACACAGUACAUAUGGCAUCUUCCAAGGAACUACUCUUCUUAUUCUGUUUACAUACCGGAAAAUCUGGUGAGAGAAGGGAUAGUCAGCAUCAGAAUGCAACUGCUUCAAGUUUCAAAGGCCGAAGUAGUGUCGAUGAGACAAGAAGUGAUAAACUUGAUCCCAAAGGUGAUAUACAGGGAUCCAAGAUCAAAAUCGAAGGAUUUUGAAGAUGCAUUUGAUAUUGCAAUUAAGGGAAUGCUGGAAAGAGUUGGCAAAGUAAGGAGACAGAUCGAGGAAGGGAAAGAUCCAGGGACUGGAUUUGCAGAACCAGGUAGCUGGAAGCUGAAGCUUGAAGAAGGAUGGUACAGGGAGAGAUCGUGA